AUGCCUCCGAAUUCACGAUUGCGGGAUAUUGGCGGUGCAUCGGUCGCGAUUGCGAAAGCGCUCGAGCUGAUUGCGAUGCCAUUGUGCCAUCCAGAGAUCUAUUUGUAUACGGGCGUGACGCCCCCGCGUGGUGUUCUAUUUCACGGACCACCAGGGUGUGGUAAGACGAUGAUGGCCGGCGCGCUGGCAGGCGAGCUCAACGUGCCGUUCCUCUCGAUCAGCGCGCCGUCGAUCGUGUCCGGCACAUCCGGUGAAUCGGAAAAGACGUUGCGGGAUACAUUUGAGGAGGCACAAAGGAUAGCGCCGUGCAUCAUGUUCAUCGACGAAAUCGAUGCCAUUACCCCGAAGCGCGACACUGCUCAGCGCGAAAUGGAGCGCCGCAUUGUCGCACAACUGCUCACCUGUAUGGAUACUCUUGCGUGGGAAAAAGGGACAGGAAGCCCUGUCAUUAUUCUCGGUGCGACGAAUCGGCCCGACGCACUCGACCCAGCCCUGCGGCGUGCAGGCCGCUUUGAUCAUGAGAUCGCAAUGGGUGUACCAGACGAGACGGGCCGUGAACAAAUCCUGCGCGUGCUGUGCGAGAAACUGCGCAUUGCAGGCGACUUUGAUCUACGCUACCUGGCAAAGCGCACGCCUGGCUACGUAGGCGCCGAUCUUACCUCGCUUACCGCGGCAGCAGGGAUCAUUGCCGUAAAGCGCAUCUUUCAGGACCUAUCCAAGGAUGCGGCCCCAUUGACAAACGAGGCGCCUGGCACGAACAAUAUGAUGGAGUGCGAGACGGACGCGCCUGCUGAACCGAAUACGGUGGAGCCUGUUGAAGAAAGCGCAGGGGAGGCAAAGCCUGAAGGAAAACCCUCCGAAGCCGAGUCCAAAGGCGUAAUUGCUUCAGCAGGCUUUUUCGAAGCGCUUCCUGACGCUGUGCGCCACACUUCCAUCGCCACAUUUCUCGAGCGCUUUCCCGACCCUCUUCCGGAGUCGCAGUUGAUGCGCUUAGCAAUCAUAAACCAGGACUUCGUGGAUGCACUCGGUGUUGUUCAGCCGUCCAGCAAGCGCGAGGGCUUUGCGACAGUACCGGACGUUACAUGGGACGGCAUUGGCGCUUUGCACAAUAUUCGCGAAGAGCUAAGCAUGGCGAUUGUCCAGCCGAUCCGGCGCCCCGAGUUGUUCCAUGCACUCGGCGUGGAUGCCAGUUCAGGAGUUUUGCUGUGGGGACCGCCCGGGUGUGGAAAGACACUGUUGGCCAAGGCUGUAGCAAACGAGAGUUGCGCCAACUUUAUCAGCGUCAAAGGGCCCGAGCUGCUGAACAAGUACGUUGGUGAGAGCGAAAAGGCAGUGCGCCAAGUGUUUUCACGCGCGCGCGCAUCGUCUCCGUGUGUCAUUUUCUUUGAUGAGCUGGAUGCGUUGGUCCCUAGACGCGAUGAUACAUUGUCCGAGGCGUCUGCGCGCGUAGUCAAUACACUGCUCACCGAGCUGGACGGUUUGGAAUCGCGUGUACAGACGUACGUAAUUGCGGCGACAAAUCGCCCUGAUAUGAUUGAUCCCGCCAUGUGCCGCCCGGGUCGUCUGGACAGGCUUUUGUAUGUCGAUCUGCCUUCUGCUUCAGAGCGGCUAGAUAUCCUCCAAACCAUAACGAAAAAGACGCCGCUCGCUAUCGAGCCGGAUCCCACUGCAUGCGGCAAUAGGAGCGCGGUCGAUCUCGCUGCAAUUGCCGAAGAUUGCCGAGCGGAUGGAUUCAGUGGUGCAGACCUCGCUGCACUGGUCCGUGAGGCUGCCGUCAAUGCCUUGCGUGAAAAUAUUGCCAAUCCGCUGCACUACUCAGACGACACUGCGAUACCGGAGCGUCUCUCUAUUUACCAACAGCAUUUUAUGGAUGCAUUCAACCGCGUCCUUCCUAGCGUCAACAAGGAACAGCGGCGCAAGUACGAAGCCCUCCGCGGCGAGCUGUUUGCUAGCGCGUCUGUGCGCUAG